UUUACAACAAUUGAUCCUCUCAAUGUUUUCUACCAACAGUCAGAAAUAAAGAAAGCUGUAAUUGAAUAAUAACAUCGCUACUUUGCGGAUUGCGCAUUUUGCCUUCAGUUUAAUGUAUCGCGUGAGAUUUUCUACGUUGUAUACGACAAUGGUAGAAAGGAAAAGAACGAGGACAAAGUAAAUUCCGCCCCUCUGUGGGCUUCGUCACUUCAUUGCUUCUCAUCGAUAAUUUUUAUUCCAAGUUUCGUUGUGAUGCCAUAAUGAAAUCAUUUGACUAGCCAUCAUUUAGUACCUCUGCAUUUUGAAGUAUCGUGUUCAGCAUUUGUUAUGUUGAAAAUUGUUAUAACAACCGUAAUACUAGCAUCAAAUUCUUUGGAUCAGCUCUUAUGGCUCUGCGUAUGAUGUCGGCCAUAGUGCCAGGAUCGCAUAACAUAGCAGAUAACAAUCAAAUGUCCAACCACACCGCUGAUAGGCAAAAGUUACAAGAAGAUCUCCUUGCGGCUGCAAAACAGUGUCAUGUUAGAUUUGGUGGUCGUGCAGAAUUGGCAACAGAGUCAGAGGCAUGCGUAUCUCAGUUGUGUUAUAUAUUUGAGCAGAUUUUUAGCCAUGGACUGCGUAUUAAUCGUAUUGAGAAACUCAAUUCUGCGUUAAGACAUGUAUCCGACUUGGUCUCUGGUGGGUCCUCAAAGACUACAAGCAUUCCAGAUAUGGCAUUCUGGCCAUGUAUUCGAGAGCAGCUCACAUGGCAUGAGCAAGAACGCUUCUGUGUCUUAAGAAAAGUUCAUACGGAUUACGGUCGUGGUCGUGCGUGGCUCAGAGCAGCCUUAAAUGAACGAUCUCUUGAGCGUCAUUUACACGCCAUAAUUAAUUCUGACACCCUUAGUCCAUUUUACGAAGAAUGGGCAUUUAUACUCGACCAGGAGAGAUCAUCCGUGCUACCACACGUAGCUGCAGGUCUUGGAACUAUUCUAUUUGCCAUAAGGAUAGACAACGAAGAGCUCGACGACAGAUCCGGUGGAAGCGAAAUUGGCAGGUGCAGAGUUUCGCAAUCAGAGCCAAUUAUUUCGUCCGUAAUACCAGGCACGUCAAGUACGGAUUUGGAGAAGCGCCGAAAGAAAGUGCCAACUCAUAUUAUAUCGUUUGAUAACGAAGAGGAAGAGGAGCAGGAAGAACGUGAUUUUAGUAUAUCUGCCGUAUCCGUCAGCGCUCCGCCAACUUGUCUCAAUUCUCCGAUAGUAGCGUCUACCAAAAACUCGCUAUCUCCUUCCGUUUUCCCAUUGCCAGUACAACAGCAACGCGAUACCAGUAAUAUAGUCCUGAAUGUGAAGCCAGUGGAUUGGUCUUGUAGUGAAUCUCUUGAUGAGGAGAGAGUAUUAACGCCGAUUACGGAUUCAGGAAAUAUGGGAGGACUUGUUCCUGUUUCUCCAUUAGAACAAACUCUAGAUGAUCUUUUAGUUACACCCUCAAUGUACCCAGACGAGUCUACAGAGGUUACGGAAGCUGCUGUAGAAGCUACAGAGCCACUGGUGGGUCUGGAUAUGCAUGCAGAUGCUGAGAACCUUGACGUAGAUGCUCUGCGUAUUAGAUUAAUAGCUAUGGGUGAGGUUUUAGAGCAGGCUAGGGAAGAUGCUGUAACAAGUAGAUUACAGCUGGCCAGAUUUCAAAGGCAGCAUCAAGACUAUCUUGAAAGGCACGAUCUGCAAUUACAAACUUUAAAUAGAGAGAACGAACUUUUGCGACAGCAAUUACGCAAGUACGUAACUGCUGUUCAAAUGUUGAGGAGAGAUUCGGACUCUACUACAGUAUCUGAGGAGGAACAGUCUUUGGAUUAUCAUAGCGAAGCACAGCAGUAUCAGGAUAAACUGAUUCAAGUCGCCGAAAUGCAUGCAGAACUUAUGGAAUUCAAUGCCAGAUUGACAAUGCAGUUGACAAACCGGGACAGGCUGGUAAAGUUACUGCAAGCCGAACUGGAAUGUCUUCGUGGUCCGUUAAGUGAGGAUGAUUUACCUUCAGAACCUCCUUGUCUUAUUCAUAUAUGGAUACCAUCAGCUUUCCUUACCGGACAAUCAUCUGAUGUACAUCAUGUCUACCAGAUAUACGUCCGUAUCAGGGACACCGAGUGGAAUAUUUAUCGGCGUUAUGCGCAAUUUUAUGCUCUCUACAAGGAGCUCAAAAAGCACGACGCCAUUGUGACGACUUUUGAAUUUCCACCAAAAAAGACAAUAGGAAAUAAGGAUGCCAAAUUCGUAGAAGAGAGGAGGCAAAAGCUACAGCAAUGGUUACGAAGAGUCGUCGGUCGAUUGGCUCAGUGUUCACCAGCAUUUUCUUCAAGGCCGAGUAGACAAACUCUUGUAUCUCUGAUGCCUUUCUUUGGCGACCUACCGAAUAAUGAAGAUUCGAGAAAGAAGAGCAAUUCUACGAGAAAUACGUUUUCCUCCUCGCCUCAAUACAUGGGUCUAUAAUCAGUAAUGCUUUUAUAGAAAAUUUGUACAUACAAAAAUUUUAUUUAGUGUACCAACGUAUACCUAUAUAUAUAUAUAUAUAUCGGAAUAUAUAUAUAUAUAUAUAUAUAUAUAUAUAUAUAUAUAUAUAUCUGUGUAUAGAUAUAAAUAUAAUGCGUCUAAUAUGUAUUAAAGAUAAUUAAAAGCUGGCCUUUUAUACAAACGAUAGUAUUAAUAAUUCCAUUCAUUUUUAAAUAACGUGUGAGGGAUCGUGCGACAGAUUUUUCCAUUGUUACCUGUUUGUUCCCAUUGUUGUACUACAAUUGUUGUGUUCCUGCGAGUGGAACGGUAAACAAAAAUCUAACACGACUUAUCUGUGAUCCUAUCGUGUAAAAACUGCUCGAUUCUUAUAGUGUUCAUAUAUUCUUCAAUUCAAAAGCAGUAAUAAUAUCGAGUUUCCCAGUGUUAAUUAUUUUUGUCUUUACAAAUAAAUUUUGUUGCGGAUGCAUCGAA